AAAUAAGUAUCCUAGAGGUCCAAAACUGGGGCCAGGAUCACCUGCCACUACAGAACCAAGCCAGACAAAGCUGAUUCCUCAGGAGAGGCUGGAAUUCUCAAGAGCAGGCGUUGCCAGGGGACCACAUCAGUGUUAGCAACCCGCCAGAGCCCCAGGGCCAGAAUUUCCUAACCGCUGCCGACGGUUAAAGGCGCGUCUGUGGUGGGAGGAGAAGCCCAAGCCCGGGAGUAGCUCGGCCACACUGGAGGUCUCAGCCACAGCUGCCUUCACUUUCGUUUUCCGGGGAUCCUGGGUGUGUGGUCACCGCGGUUUCGUUUCCGAGGCGUGGCGGAGGGCGCGGCCCGGGACACCCAUGGCCCUAAUAAGCCGCCCUCGAGCCCCACUGUGGUUCGGGCGACUGUCGCGGAGGCUGUGCGGGCGACACCAGGCCUGCAUGGGGACCAUGGCUCGGCCGCGGCGCUUCACUGUGGAGCUGCCUGAUUGCUCCCUGACUCACUUCGUCCUGGGGGACGCAACAGACCACAGGGAUGCACGCCUGGCAGAGCUGCUCGGGCCCCCGGGGCGCAGCUACGCGCUGUGUGUGCCCCUGGCUCCUGGCGAAGGCUGCGGGCCCCGGGUGCAGGCGGCCCGGGUGCACCAGCGCCUGCUGCAGCAGCUGCGCCGGGGUCCUUUACAGAGAUGCCAGCUGAGCAAGCUGCUGGGCUAUGGUCCGGGCGAUCAGGCCGGCGAAGCCCAGCAUGGCUUCCUGCUGCGGGACCCUAGCGACCACCCGGACACCCGGCGCGACUUGCUCCAGCUUCUGGGCUCGUGCCAGGAGGCGGCGCGCCCGCAGUUGGCCGAGUUCCAGGCCGACUCCCAGGGUUUGCUGUGGCAGCGUCUGUGGGAGUUGCAGGGAGACAGGCAGGUGCAGGUGGACUGCGCAUGCGUCCUGCCGGCCCUGGAACCUCAUCUGCACCCAUUGCUGCCAGAUCUGCUCAACUCUGCGGUGUUCCAAGACCGGGACGCGGCAAGGGCUGUCUUGGAGGAGUGCACAUCCUUUAUUCCAGAAGCCCGGGCAGUGCUUGACCUGGUUGACCAGUGCCCAAAGGAGAUCCAGAAAGGGAAGUUCCAGGUCAUUGCCAUCGAAGGACUGGAUGCCACUGGAAAGACCACACUGACGCAGUCGGUGUCAGAGUCUCUCAAGGCUGUCCUCCUACAGUCGCCACCCCCCUGUAUCAGCCAGUGGAGGAAGAUCUUUGAUGAUGAACCUACUAUCAUUCGAAGAGCCUUUUAUUCUUUGGGCAAUUAUCUCGUGGCUUCUGAAAUAGCUAAAGAAUCAACCAACUUUCCUGUUAUUGUAGACAGGUACUGGCAUAGCACAGCCACCUAUGCCAUAGCUACUGAGGUGAGUGGAGGCCUACAGUAUCUACCCCCUGCCCACCACCCUGUGUACCAGUGGCCAGGGGACCUGCUGAAGCCUGACUUGGUCCUGCUGCUGACUGUGAAUUCUGAGGAGAGAGUGCGGAGACUGCAGGACCGGGGCCAGGAGAAAACUAAAGAAGAGGCUGAACUUGAGGCCAAUAAUGUGUUUCGUCAGAAGGUGGAAAUGACGUACCAGCGUAUGGAGAACCCAAGCUGCCAUCUGGUGGAUGCCAGCCCCUCGAGAGAGACAGUCCUGCAGAAGGUUUUACAGCUGAUCCAGAGUUCUGGUCGUUAAUUGUAGAUGUUCUGGCCAGGUUCCUCAUUACACCAGAGGAGCUGUGUGAUGCACUGAAACCCAUCACUUGCCAUGUGGCUUCUUAGAUUUAGCGGGUAUGAGCAUAUUUGGUGGAACAAAUUGGAGAGUGAGCAGUUUGCUUUCCUUCUGACUGACCGAGCCAGCUGCGACUGCUGAUUCAUUUCUGCCUGGCCAUGUACCAACUUCUUGGGAUAUAUUUUAACACCCCAACUUUCUGAUCCAGUGGUGAGCCAGCUGCAGGACUUCCUGCAGCUGGAAGCUAAGGAUGUCAGUUUUGGCCCGCACUGAUCAAUUGUGAUGAGCUAGCAUCAUUUGUUUUUAUCCCAAGCCCUAUAACUAAGGAUUAUCACAGAGCUGGCUAUCCGAGGACAUUCCUUUGGAGCUAUUCAUGGGUGGAGACACUUGGAAAGAAGCCAUUGCUCUUACUUCAGAGGAUCAAAGAACACCUUGGACAGUGCCCUGAGUGAGCACCUCAGCAUUGAUAGAUGUGUUCCCCUGAACUGCAAGUGCUGCAAACCCCUCUUGUUCUCUUUUGCGUGUCUGUAUCUGUAUUCCGUUUCUCAGCUCUGCAAUCCUGUUCUAAGUGUAAUGAGCAGGCUGCACUGAUCGGGAUGCGCUGCACACCAAUUUGUUUCUGUUGAUGUUUACAUCAUGCAUUUCCUUAGUGUAGGAACUGUGUGUGAGUCACUCACACAAACCGAGGCCAAGGAGCUAAAUGUAGCGUUUGCUCAAUGUUUUCACUACACAAAUUUAAUUUAUCUUAAUAAGCACCGUGGAUUCUGGAACGAGACUUCGUAGUAAAUUAUCAUGCACUUUGAAUGUCUUCUGAUUGCAUGUGAAGUCAGCUUCGAGGGCUCUUUAGAUAGAGAAUAGAGCUGCGGAGGAGAAGCCUGGUGGCUCUGUAGCCUUGGCUUAGUCAUUUAACGUUGACAAUGUCAGUAGUUUGAUCUGAAAGGGGGAAGUUGGUGGAACUAUAGAAAUAUUUACUUGGGAGGCUGAGAAAGGAGAAUUGAAAGCUCUACGUGUAAGUUCAGAACUAGCCUGGGCAGUGUAGUAAGACCUUGUCUCAAGAUAAAAAACUACAAAGAGGACUAGGGGUGAAACUCCAUAGUAGAACAUGGUAUUAAAUAUUCUAUCCCUGGGUUCAGAAUCUGGGGUACAUUCCCAGUACCAUAAGAAGAAAAAUAUAAACAGAAAAACAAACAACUAAACAAUAAAAGGAAUUAAGUCAGAUUUGGUCACAAGAAGGUGGCUGGACCAGACUAUUAUUUAACAUUCCAGUUCAAAUGUUGAUGCCUCUCUACAUCAUUUUUGAUCCCACAUCCCAUUUCUUAAGAAAAAUCUGUUCCCAAGUAACUAUAUUAAAUUAUAUGAAAGCCUUCUAAGGUUUACCCUAAUCUUAAACUAUAAUAAGAUUUAAUAUUAACAUGUCAAUAUUUUUCACCUUGGGACUAUGUAUAACUUAUAAAUAAUGUGUCCAUGUAUAUAGAUAUAUUCUUUGCUUCUGUUAAACAUAUUUUUAAGCUGAUAAAUAACAUUAAGGCUCUCUGUAAUGUGGCAGCUAAUUCCACAAAGGGUUUUGUUCAAGCCUCUCUGAGAUGAUUGCACCAGAGGCUGAAAAGUCAUAAUGCUUUCUUCAUGAAACCUGACAGUGAAUAAACUUGCUCUGACAUUCCUAA